GGAUGUAAAGCUAUCAGUUCCGGAUCGUAUGUCACAUGUAAAUCCUGUGAAUCUCAAACUUUGUCCAGCGGUUAUCAUUGAACCUUAAUUGUGUGACAACAGUAACGUUAGUGAACAACUGUCAGGCGAGUGCAUUUGCGGUAUGUAGUUAUAUCAUGGAUGUAUAAGAAGACCUCCACGAGUUAGCUAGCUACAGAAUGCUUGCUAUCAGUCAACGCUCAACAGACUGAGGAUAAAGUUGUCACCUCUUACUGAACCUGUAUUUUUAUGCUAAUCAGUUAACUUUCUUUUUCUUUCUUCUUUUUUUUUUUUUUGCUUUGAGAAAGGUGACUUGCUAGAUCAAGGCCUAUCUUAUAUUUUAACCCUUUUACAUUUAAGGUUUAUUUGGACUGUUAACGGUCCGUAAAGAGGGGUCAAAUUAUGAUAAAUGAAUGAUUUUUUACCCAUGAGGAUUCAUCACUUCAGUAGACAAUCUUUGGAUUUACCGACAUUUGGACCAGUCUGUCACUUCUCAUCAUGUUAUCUUACUGUGUCAGAAACGCCCUAUCAAGGCGUUUGUCCAUAUUAAAAGCCUCACAGUGCAGUACAACGCUGGCUCUGCAACACACCAGAGGACGCAGCAGUACAUCAUCGAGUGAGGAUUUGGAUCCGGUCAGGACUCUGCUGCAGCUCUGUGUGGACAGAUACUAUAUUUCACCUGGUCAGACUAAUGUGGAGCUGUUUCAGCGGGGGGUGAGCUGCAGUUAUGGACCUCUGGGCAUGGAGCUGAGGAGAAACCUGCUGGAGCAGUGGUGGCACUCUGUGACCAGGUCCACAGCUCAGGUGUUUGGGAUAAACACUCUGAGCAGCAGCAGGGACACAGCAGCACAUGGACGGGGGCAACUGAGGAUUGUUGAGUCUGAAAAUUUAAAACAAAUACUUGAACAGCAAGAGCUGAGCAAGGAGCAGCUCAUCCAGAAGGUACAGACGCUCCUUCAGAGGUCCCCAUCUGUGAGAGGAAACUUUCUUCAAGGUGCCUUGGAGCAGUUUGUCCCCUCGCUGGAGCUGGUGAACAGGAAGCUGCCCUUCGGCCUGGCUGAGACGGGCCUGUGUUUCCAGCCCUCAGAUGGCUCUGGUUGCCCAGCUGAGGUCACCCAGACGUCUCUGGUGUGGUUCUGCUCUCCUCGCACCUCCUCCCAGUGGCUGGAUCACUGGACGCUACAGAGACUGAAGUGGUGGAGGAAAUUCGCCCUGUUUCCAUCCAACUUCAGCAGUAGUGACGUCCCAGAGGAGGAACUCGAGGAGGCGGCAUCUCGUGGUGUGAGGAUCAUCUACAGCUUCCCAUGGGGACAGGAGACCCUGGAGACGCUGUGGAGCAGAGGAGACACCAAGCUGCUGCAGACACACAAAGGAGUCCAUUCCAAACUACAAUGUCGAGAUGGUCAUAAGUCAGUUCCUCACGUUGUCUCUGUGACCGGAAACGUGGACCGUGGCGUGAUGGCCUUUCUGUCCAACUCACUCCAGCAGCUCAAGAAAGAAAACGGCAAGCAGAAGCUGCAGCAGAGAAAGGUUCUGAAGUUGCAUCCAGUGUUGGCUCCAGUCAAAGUGGCUUUAGACAUUGGCAGCGGAGCCACUAUGGAGCUGAGGCAGGUAUGUCAAGGGCUAGUGCAGGAGUUUACGGAGGCUAAGAUCUCUGCUUGGCCUGGAUAUCUUGAAACUCUGUCAACAUCAAUGACCGCAAGGUACGAUGAGAUGGGAGUGCUUUUCACUGUGGUGAUCAGUGAGAACACGCUGGAGAGCGGCCUCCUUCAAGUCCGCAACAGAGACACCACCAUCAAAGAGACGAUGCACAUCUCUGAGAUCAAGAACUUUCUCUCCAGAUACAUUUCUGCUGCUGACAACAUCUGAAUGGAGUUUUUGUUUGGGAAACUAAAACGGACAGUCUGAAUAUUGUGCUGCCUCAGUUUGCUUCCCUUCUAGAUACAAAACUAAUGUAAAUCUACAAGUCAGGGACGUCCUAGUGAGGAAUAUUCCUGCUGAACAGAGCAUUUAUUGGAUAUUAAUGUUUUCCUGAAUGACUUUUGGCUCAAUGUGACCCAAUUACAAAUUGUGGAUGUUUUAUGUAUUUUAUUACCUUAGGGAACUGGUUGGCCAGUUUGUGCGAUUCCAAUACCUCGGGGUCCCCGGGCUCCAACUGGAUGACUUUGCCCUAACCCUUCGGGGACAUUCCCGGCAUCCUAAAAACAAAAGCAAUAUGAACAUUUAAAAGUCUGCACUGAUAAGUUCUAAAUAAAUUCUGUAUAAACAACAA